AUGGGCUCUACCGAUCAUUCUGGUACGAAGCCCUGUGGACAGCAUAUAUUCAAGGACUUCUGCGAUGCCUCUGAGCAUAGCCAGGCUUUUGUUGCUUCCCAACUAAGUAAUCCGGUGAAAGGUCCUGAACUUUAUAAGGAAUCCUAUUCUAAGGAGAAGAUUAAAACUAUAAAUGUGGCUCUUGUUGUAUGUCUUAACAUGGACAUUGAUCCUCCGGAUGUGCAAAAAAUACCGCCCUAUAGUCGCAUCGAGGCUUGGGUCGAUCCAGCUGAUGCUGGCUAUCGCGUCGUCGAUAUGAUCGGUAAAAAUCUUCAGUCGCAAUAUGAGCGGUGGCAGCCUAAAGGAUGCUACAGACAGUGCCUAGAUCCCAACUUGGAGGAAGUGAAGAAGAUUUGCGUUAAUAUGCGUCGAAAUGCCCGUGCGGAUCGAAUUCUCUUUCACUACAAUGGACACGGUGUUCCUCGCCCCACAGAAAAUGGUGAAAUUUGGGUUUUUAAUCGGACCUUUACUAAGUACAUCCCACUGUCACUCCACGAUCUCCAGCGUUGGUUGGGUGGACCGUCAGUCUAUGUUAUUGACUGUCAAAAUGCCGGUCGGGUGCUCAAACUCUAUGAGUACUUUUGUCAGCGCAGGCAAACAGAAUUUGGUUCCAGGACUUUGGCCAUGAUCCGUGAUCAUGCUUAUAUCCCCAUAGACAACACUAAGAUGACCAAUCCACCUGAUCCGAAUGGUGGUAUGGCUGCCGCAGAUGGCGCUCAACAAGAAGCCAACGCUUUCAGUCAUGGACGUGUCAGCGCCCUACAGGCAGUGAAGGUGAAGGCAGAUGCAGAAGUGAAUCUUAAUGUCGAUAGCAUCGCUGUUGCCUUUUUUCAGGCCUAUUCAAACCACGCCAGUGGGAUGGGUCAGAUGGCUGCCGCUGCUGUCGCCGCAGCAGCUAUUGCCCCGGCUACCAUGGAAAAUACGAUCAUGUUGUGUGCCUGCGAGGAGAACGAGGAUCUACCUCAACUGGCUGAACUGCCUGCGGAUCUCUUUACGGCCUGCCUGACCACUCCCAUUCGCACGGCGUUGCGGUGGCAUUGGAUGAAGUAUAACAAGUCGUUUCCUGGUCAUAUUGACGAAGCCCUCUUGGAUCACAUUCCGGGCAGCCAUGGCAACCGAAUGUCCCUGUUGGGGGAGAUUAACUGGAUAUUCACUGCAGUGACUGAUACUAUUGCUUGGUGCAGCUUCCCCGUGGAUCUCUUCCAAAAGCUCUUCCGUCAAGACCUCUUAGUUGCGAGCAUUUUUCGCAACUACCUCCUCGCUCAACGUCUUAUGCGCUCAUUUGGCUGCCAUCCCUGCUCCUGGCCCCGUCUCAACCCAACCCACGAUCAUCCCAUAUGGAGCGCCUGGGAUCACUCUCUAGACCUUCUUUUCCACUACCUUCCACAAGUAAUCUCUGUCAUGCAAACAAGUCCGCAGGCGGAUUUGGUGUUAUUGCAGCAGCGUCAACAGAAGCCACAGCCGAAUCUCCCACUCCUACUGCCUUCGUCGGCAUCGGCUGGGGGAAUGGUAGACAUUCCCAGGGAUCUGCUAGAACUGACUUCAGCGUCGGCUCAACGUCUGACUGCUCUAUUGAAUGAGAUCGAUAGACAGGUGGAGGAAGGAAAGCAGAAAAAAGCGAGACUGGCGGAAGAGGAGGCAAAGAGAGGGUAUGGAGAACAAAAACGGCCUAUGAUUACCCCACCGCCGGGAUAUGAAUCAAAUAGUGGAGUUACCUCAAAAUCUCGCCAUCACGGAAGAGGCUCUACCUCGCUGUCGCCUCGAAAAGUCGCGAAAUUCGUUGUGGAAACGCGUGAGCUCUCUCGUAUCAGCGAGGAGGAGCGUUCGGCAGAAAUCUCAACAGCUGUUACCGUUACUGCCACUACCACUGUUGCUCCAUCAGCAAAAUCGUAUUCCUGUCCCUCCCACCUACCCCGCAGUCCAAGCACUCGAAAUUCGGAGGAGCAAGGCGAGGAGGGACAUCAGCAUCACCAUCAUGGUUUUGAUUCCGAAGAGACGGAGUUUUCUUCCAGCGACAUUGACGUCGAUGAAGAUGAUGUAACAGAAGACGAGGAGGAGGAAGAAGAGGAAGAGGACGAUGAUUACGGUGAGAUGGAAGGUACGACACAACAUCUUCGAUCGCAAGAGACUGCAGAACAUGGACAACGCCCUCAGCAUCAGACACCGAAACAGCAACAACAACAACUGAAGCAGCUUAAUUUGCAACAAAUUCACCAGCCUUCACCCACGAAAUCCCCUCCAGAGGUCUCCCACCAACCUCCACGUCUGGGCCUUGCGUCUACACGCUCCUUUCGAGCGCAUCUCCACGCAGCAGUAGGUGGUAGUGAUGGCAUCACUAGACCCAAUCUCUCUCGUCCUUCCAUAUCCGCCGCCUCCCUCCUCGCGCGUUGUGCCCAGCCUCGCGUUGCCCCUGUGAUUGGCCCUAACCCUCUGCCUCUCGUGCAUGACUCAUCACCACCCGACUACCGUCCCGCUUCCUUCUUCACCUCCCAAAUGACCGCUUUUCAAGCAUGGCUGCAUCAAGCCUCUUCCAACCACACUGCCUACUGUCAACGCCAGUCCGCCAUUCAACUCCCCAUCCUCCUCCAAGUCCUCCUCUCUCAGACUCAUCGCAUUCGUGCCCUACAACUUCUUUCCGAGUUCCUCGACCUUGGCUCAUGGGCGGUGUCGCACUGCAUCACUGUGGGCAUCCUCCCCUAUAUCGUCCGACUCUUUCAUUCCAAUGUGCUUGAGGUGAAGCCUCAUUUGGUCUUCAUUUGGGGCAAAAUUAUUAGCUCCGCACAGAUUGAUUUUAACCGACACGAGGGCAUUCGUGAGUCAGGGUAUCGGUACUUUGUGGCGUGCCUACAGGACGAUGCUAGUCUGUCGCCUCUUGUACGAACUAUGGCUGCUUUUGCGCUGGCGAAGAUGUUAGUCCGAGGCGAGACGGGCGCCCCUGAUGUGCUGUUCCAGGAGGUCUACUACUCCUCGAAACCCGUCUCCUUCAUCCAUAUUGCAGCGGAAGAGUUGACUCGCGUUUCCGCUGUUGCGGAUGCGGAGGAAAUGCGAGAUGGACACAACUUUGAUCACCUGAAAGUGUGGUUGCUACUGGCACUGGGGCGUGUGUGGAUGCAUUGUGACCCAGCCCGGCGGUUAGCGGUGAGAGCGGAGGGUGGAAGGGCGGUGGAGACAGCCAUUUUCCCCAGGCUUUGUGAUGCAGAUCCGGUUGUAAGAGCAGCGGCAGUGUUUGCGUUGGGGACACUGAUCGAUCAGUCGGUUGAAGAGGGGAAGAAGAGUUCCCAGGAAGCUGAUAUGCUCAGUCACCAAGUGGGCAUUCGCCUGGCCGAGCGAACCCGUGAUCCCUCUCCCUUGGUUCGCUGUGAGGUAGUGGUCGCCCUUCGUAGCCUUGUGUUGCAGUGCGAGCCGCAGAUGGUGGAACAGGCUCAUCUCUACUACCGCAACAUCCUUCGAAGUCUUCGAACCGCUCCCACCGAGUCCCACCUCACCGUUGCCACCACAGCGGCUGCCGCCAUCAUCAAUUCCGAUCGCCCUCGGACCGUCGGCAGUCCCAUCGGAUCUCCCUCCAGUGCUGCCGCUCUGCUUCGUGGAAUGGCGGAACUAGGCCUCUCUCGAUUCAGUCGAUCCUCGCGUUGUCGCAGCCACAAGGAUCUUCAGCGCACCUCCGUCAGUGAAACUGCCUCUGUUGUCCUUCCCUCGGAUGUCUCCGAUUACAAUUCGGUGCCAACUUUCCUUGAAGACUUUGAGCCCAACGUACCCGGGGGCAUUUUUGCCCAACUUUGGGACAUGAUUCUUAUUCUUGCCGCCGAUCCCCAUCCCUCCGUUGCGAAACUGGCCACAGUGAUCUUCUUCCACAUCGUUCGGGAGCAUGACAUAGAUCGAGAGGUUACCGUGGUGGGUGGACGCCUCUUCCUGCGCGAUCCACCAACCCCAGGCGCCGCUGAUGGAAGCAGCACCUUGGCUGAAGUGCAAGUGAAGACACCAGCCCCAUCACCGCAGCAACCACCGCCGACAGUCAUGACGGCACAGCAAAUUCCCCGACGAAGGCAGUACACUGGAUCGGAUAAUGCCGAAUCAACAGAUAAGGCGGGCGUGAUGGACGUCCGGACGGAAUUCUUUCAGUGGUGUUCGCAGUGGUUCAGCCAACCCCUUCUUCACAAGUAUCCUAAUGCUCUGCAAAUUCAACAACCCCUCGGCAAGACCCUACCGCAUUCCAUGGAUCCACCCGUCCUCGCACCAACCCUGAGUCCGCAAAACCUCACCGAUCUCUCCUCCAUCUCCACCAACCCCAAAGCCCAGGACUUCUCUGAUCACCUGCUUAACUUCAAGAAGCACUCAGCUGAGCGGUGUGGCGGUCGUCAGCGCUGGCACACCAUUGCUACAGGCCAGAGGCUUUUCACUCCCUCCCCCUCCAUUUCGGAACGCGACGAGAUUCGCCGUUGUAUGCGCCACCUCGUGCAUCGCGCCUCCCGCGCCGCCUCCCCACUCUCCCCAACGCGUCGCAACUGCCGGCAUGUCAAUCGACUUACUGAGGAUGCAGUUCGCUUCUGCUCCACCACCGUGUCGCCUCAUCUCAGGCGAUGCUUGACCGACGCAGAGGCAACCGAAGCAGCGGAGAAAGAGGAGGGAGUGAAUGUGGAGCUACAGCUGCUCCAUAUAUUCCAGGCGGGUGUAGGAGUUGCUUCCGCAGGUACAGCGGCAGUAGCCUGUUUUCAUCCCUACAAACCACAUCUCCUGGCAGCUGAAGCCGUGGCCGAUGGUGAGGAGUAUGUGGUGAGUGUAUGGGGUGUGCAUAGGUUGGAAGGGGUGCGGCGUCUAACUCUCACCGAGGGAGAUGCAACAGCAGAACAAUUGACGGUGUCUGAUGCGCUGAUGGAAGCUAUUAAACGGCAACGGGCGCUGAUGGAGGCGUAUGAUCUGGCGCAGGUGACAUCAUUGGAGCUGUUAAAUACGUUGGAGGAGAAAAGCCUCCUCCUCACCGCCUCCAGAGAUGGAUGCAUUCGAGUGUGGCGCGACUACGAUGGGAAACACGGAGCCACUCCUUUUCUCCUCACUGCCUGGGUAGCCCUCGAGAACCAGGUGCCCCUGAUCCGCUCCCGCCGGACGGCCGGCGUCGGUCUGGUAACAAGUUGGAGCGAUUGCUCCCUCCAUCAUCUCCUUCACGUCUCCGGGGACGUUCGAGUUGUGCGCACCUUCGAUACAGAUCAUGAGGCCUGCGUCGCCGACUUUGAGACCCAUUCCGACUAUCCAGUCACUAGGCUGGCUCGUGCCGCAAAUGACAACGACCACAUCUUCGCUGCGGGGUUUGCUGACUCGGCGGUGAAGAUAUUUGACACCCGACUAUCUUCCCGCAAAGCAGUUGUCUUCGAGACUGUCUGUGGAGGUGGCCGUGUGUUGGAUCUCGCAUUUGCUCCCUACCAGGCGGACCGCCGGUUCUACGCCGUGACGAGUUCGGGCGCCCUGGGCGCGUGGCAACUGGAGGUGCCAGCAGCUAACGCCACCUGGCAAUCAGUUGUGCCUCCUGCGGAGAGAAAGGCUGAUGGCGAUGCUCCCCACCCUCCUGCUGUUCCAAUUUGCGGUAUCAGAGCUGCGUGUCUUCAGGUCUCGUUGCCCUGCACUCGCUCGCACAUGGUGGCGUACGGUGGCCUGCGUCAGUUCAGUGUUGCUCGCCUCCACGAUGGCCGAGUUAUCGCCUCCUAUCAACCAGCUCAGAAUCUCUUUCCCACCGCUAUUGCGAUGCAUCCCUACGAGCCGCUGAUCGCUGUGGGAAUGAGUGACGCAUCGAUCCACCUUCUCAAAUUUCGACUCCCAUCAACAUCAUGA